AUGCAGUUUGGUGAGCCCAACGUGUCCCGGCAGCACAACUCACAGCGGCAGCGAUGUGUGAAGACGACGGAGGCAGAGCGGUACGAUGGCCGGCCGCACCGGACGGACGCGAAGCCGGCCAGAACGUUAUGGCAGGCCGUGGGCGCCUGCCUGAGCUCAGACGCGCACGUCAUUAAGUUCCUGCUGGUGAUUAUUUUCAUUCUUAUUGUGAUGUGCCUCGGGCUGAUUGGCCUGAGUGCUUGGAUGCUCCUCCACAGAACCAACAACGCACCGGUGCUUGAGUCGUCGAGGAAGUUCUUUGACAACAACGCCAUCAUGGACGUCUGGCGACUCUACGACGCCGCGCAGAGGUCGGAUGAUGAGUACCACAAGACUGCCCUGCGUGAGUACCUGAUACGGUACAAGAACCAGGUAGAGCAGCGGCGAGAGGCGUGGAAUCUGCAGCACAAGGUGACUGAAAUCGACGUUAAGGACGUCACUGGUGGGGAGGGGCCCAUACUUCCGCGUUACACGCCCAGCCCCACGAUGCGUUUGCCGUCCCUCAUGGCGUCGUUGCGAACAAUCAUCAACCGUAUUGAGUCACAGGACCCGGAGAAGGGGCUAGAGCGCGCCGGCGCGUUUGUUGAGGAGCAAAUGAAAGAGGCAGUGGCGGCAGGCAGUCACACGGGUGAGAUGAUUGAAGAAGGCGAAGCCGUUGAACCGCUGGAUGAUAUUCUUUAUCUGCAACUCCGUCGCCUGCACGAGAGCGCCAAGCACGAUGCCGCGGCACCCACAACACCGCACAGCACGUGGUGGGAGAAUGUCAAGGCAACGGCUCCUUCUGUGUACACAAAGAGGUUUUACUAUCCACUAAGGCGCUUUCACCGCAUGCGACGCUUUUCUGCGGAGACGCAGGCAGUCACCGCUGCAUGGUUUGACGCGCUGGUGGAUGACUACUACGGCGAGAACGUCACCCACUUUUCCCCACCGACGUUGCCAACAGGGUUUGCAGCCUUGAUGUCGCAGGCGGUUGCCGACAGUGAGGCAACUUCUGCGCCGCUUGCGUCACCGGCACACACCGGCUCGUUGUUUGUCAACAUCGCAAGCUUUCGGGACAAGGAGUGUUGGCCGACGGUGGACCACAUGAUUCGACGAUCUACAAACAUGUUCCGCGUGUACUGGGGAAUUGCGCAGCAAAAUUACUACACCGACCUUCCUUGCGUUUCCGAGGAUGCCCUGGAGCCGCAGCCGUGCUUGGCGGCCCCCAUCACACCGGGUCUUGUGCUCAGUGAUGCAAACUACGACGGCGCGGUCUGCUUUCCAGCGGAUAAUAUUCGGGUUCGACAUAUUAACUCGCAUUCCGCUUUUGGCCCAACGUACGGCCGCUACAUGGCGAUGCUCUUGUACAGGGGUGAGGACUACACCUUGGUGCUUGACUCACAUAAUCGCUUUGUUUACGCCUGGGACACCCGCAUCGUUGCGAUGCAACUGGCCCUGCAACACCCCAAGGCCGUGCUCUCGCACUACCCCGAGAGCUACGACGAAACAAAGGGCACUGAGUUCAAGUGGGAGCGCACUACCACGGCGUAUUUGUGUCAGGCCAAGUUUCUCGAGUCAGCGGGGUAUCUGCGGCUGAUUGGCAUUCUUAUUGAUGACGCCAGCUCAUUUAAGCGGAAUGCGCGGCACGUGAGACCGUACUAUCUGCCACAGCUCAACUUGGACCCCAAUGUGGUGCGGCCGCUGCCGCAGCCGUGGGCUGCUGGGGGGUUCAUCUUUGCGAACGCGUCCAUCAUGCGCGAGGUCCCGUUUGAUCUUCACCUGCCGCACAUCUUUGACGGGGAGGAGGUGAUGUACUCGGUGCGGUUGUGGACACACGGGUACGACAUUUACUCCCCCAAGCGUGGUAUUUGCUACCACUUUUACGGCCGUCCAAAGGAGCCCAAGCUGUGGAAUGAGGCGCAUCGGUGGUACACCGUCCAGGCCCACUCACGCCGUCGCAUUCAAUACCUUUUGCGGGCGCGGGUGAAGGGGGUGGAUGUGUUGCGGGUUCCGAAGAACACCCAGGAUCCGGUGGUGAUGGUAGAUGCGGACCGGUACGGCACAGGGCGGCUGCGCAGCGUGGAGGAGUGGUACAAGUUCGCCGGAGCGGAUCCUGUGCAGUAUGUCCUGGACGGUCGUUGGUGCGGGUGA